CAAUUUCAAUUUCAAGAUUUUACAAAUGGUUCUUAAAGGUACAUUGAUUGGAUUUCAAGUUUUUUUUCUCCCUUUGAAGGAUUAUUGAAUAACGAUUAUCAAUAAUUAAAUAAUUAUCUAGAAUGAAUAUACUCUCAUAUGGCGCAACUCAUUUGUUUCAGAUACUGUUGCGCCUAAUACUUCGGUAGUUAAAAACAAAAUAAAACGUAACCCAUUUCAAGCCACGACUCAUCUCCGACCUUCUCUCUCAUCUCCGACCCAGCACUUCCGCCCACCGGCCGAGCACACAAUCGGCGGUCCCUCUAGAGAUCUCCAGAGUUGUCAUCAAUAUUUUUGAUGUAAGAACUGGAAAGGUUAUGAGAGAUUUCAAGGGCACAACCGAUGAGUUUGCAAUUGCAGGAAGCGGUGGUGUGUCAGGGGUAUCUUGGCCUGUUUUCAAAUGGGGUGGUGGAAAAGAAGAUAAAUAUUUUGCAAGGCUGGGGAAAAAUCUGAUCUCUGUUUAUGAGACAGAAAACUUCUUUCUUCUUGAUAAGAAAUCCUUGAAGGUCGAGAAUGUGAUGGAUUUCAGUUGGUCUCCUACUGAUCCAAUUCUUUCCCUGUUUGUUCCUGAAUUAGGGGGUGGCAAUGAACCUGCAAGAGUGAGUCUAGAUUUUCUCUUUGCUGACUCAGGAAGAAAUUGUGUCCAUACAAGGUUCUUAGCAUGAGGAGACUUGGAGGAGCUGGGGCUGUUGUUCCUCUCAUCACAGAUGGUCAGGCUGAAGUAUGCUCUUGUUAAAUCCCAAUACUUAUAAGUAAUUGCUUCAUAACAAAUGAUAAUACCUUUUUUUUUUUUGUUUUGAUUGAUGAGAUGAUCUGAAUAACAUUAGGUGAUGAGAACCUCUGUGAUCAUGGAGUUAAUAUAAUGUUAUCCCUAACAAGUACACGGGAUAUGAGUGAGUGUUUAUACAUUUUUAGUUUAUUAACUUUUGAGUUAGUUUGAUCUAAUUUCUUGACUCUGUUGGGUGAAAGGACCAUGCUUUCCGAUGUGCAAGGUAUGAAAAUGAACCAUUUCAUUG